UUCUGAGUGGAAAUGAUAAGGAGAUGCUCGACCACGUCCACCUCAGGGCAGGGUUUAGCUGGGAAGCUCGUCGCGUUUCCGGCGCGCAUUUCUUUCUUCUUUUUCCGGGCAACUCCUUAAAUCCAUCAGGAAGUGAGCCGGGAUAAAUCGCGAACGAGGAUUUUAAUCCUGUUACCUUGGAGGAUAGGUCGGUGCAGAGAGGAAGAAAAGUGUGGCGAAGACAGAAGCAGCAACGGGGGAUUAAAAAUAUGUUAAAAAGAGAAGGCGGCGGGCAGCACAGUGGACGCCGGAGAGUGUUUUAGGGACGCGCAAAGUUUGGCAGUGACCUGGCGGGCGGCGACGGCGAACUCCUCCUCAAGUUUACUUCUGGGCGAAGAGGAUCUGCUGGACGAUGGGAUGUUGUGGUAGCAGCCAGGGACCAAAAAGAGAAUGGAAACCUUUAGAGGAGCGGAGCUGUACAGACAUUCCUUGGUUGCUAAUAUUUUUUCUUUUUUGCUCUGGAAUGCUUUGUAUCUGUGGCUUUUCCAUUGCCACAGGAGCUGCCGCAAGACUUGUUCAUGGUUAUGACAGUUAUGGAAAUAUAUGUGGCCAAAAGAAUUCUCCAGUACCAGGACUCAGGAACAGUGGAAUGGACCUAACUAACAGAAAGUAUGUAUUUUUCUUGGACCCCUGCAACAUUGAUUUAGUUCAUAGAAAGAUCAAAUCUAUUGCAUUGUGUGUAUCGAAAUGCCCCAGCAUCCGUUUAGAUACUUUAGCAGAAGUUCAGAAAUUUGCCGAAGUAAAUGGGUCGGCACUUUGUAGUUAUGAAAUUGAUGUUUCCAAAUACACCACUGACCCAUCAUCUGCUACUUUGUGUCCAAAACUUCCUGUACCUGAAAGUAAAUCAAUCCCUUUGUUUCAUCGAUGCACACCCGUUGAUGUUUCCUGCUAUGCAAAGUUUGCUGAAGCACUCAUCACCUUUGUCAGUGACAACAGUGUUUUGCACAGACUUAUCAGUGGUGUUAUGACCAGCAAAGAAAUAAUAAUGGGACUCUGCUUGUUGUCUUUAGUGCUAUCCAUGAUAUUGAUGGUGAUCAUACGAUACAUUUCUGCUGUACUUGUUUGGAUCCUGACAGCUUUAGUUGUUCUUGGAUCAAUUGGUGGUACUGGUGUCCUUUGGUGGUUGUAUGUGGAUCACAGAAAGUCAUUUAAUGAGACACUUCCAGCAGAUCAGCUAGAAAUUUCUAAAGAUAAUAUUCAGGCUCUGCUAGUUUAUGCUGUUGCUGCCACAGUUUUUACGGUGAUUCUGUUGUUGUUGAUGUUGGUAAUGCGGAAGAGAGUGGCUCUUACUAUUGCUCUGUUUCAUGUGGCUGGGAAAGUUUUCAUUCACCUUCCUCUACUGGUCUUCCAGCCAUUUUGGACAUUUUUGGCUUUAAUGAUGUUUUGGAUGUACUGGGUUAUGGUUUUACUUCUAUUGGGGACUACAGGCAAUCCUACUCCCAAUGACCAAGGUUUUGUGGAAUUUAAAAUGUCAGGACCAUUGCAGUAUAUGACCUGGUACCAUUUAGUUGGCUUGAUCUGGAUCAGUGAAUUCAUUUUAGCCUGCCAGCAAAUGACUAUUGCUGGUGCAGUUGUAACAUAUUAUUUUACAAGAGAUAAAUCUAAAAUUCCUUUCACUCCUAUUAUUACAUCAGUAGUCCGCCUUCUGCGUUAUCACAUUGGUACAGUGGCAAAAGGAUCAUUCAUAAUUACGCUAGUCAAAAUUCCACGUUUAAUUCUAAUGUAUAUUCAUAGCCAGCUCAAGGGAAAAGAAAAUGCCUGUGCCCGAUGCAUGCUAAAAGCUUGUAUCUGCUGCUUAUGGUGCCUAGAGAAGUGCCUAAGUUACUUAAAUCAGAAUGCCUAUACUGCAACAGCAAUCAAUAGUACAAAUUUCUGCACUUCUGCAAAGGAUGCAUUUGUCAUUCUGGUGGAGAAUGCAUUGAGAGUUGCAGCUAUCAAUACAAUUGGAGAUUUUGUCCUUUUUCUUGGAAAGAUUUUGAUUGUGUGCUGCACAGCUUUUGCAGGCGUUUUGGCUCUUAAUCACCAAAGGGAUUACACUGUUUGGGUUCUUCCUCUUAUUAUUGUGUGCCUCUUUGCUUUUUUGGUUGCCCACUGUUUCCUCUCCAUUUUUGAAAUGGUUGUAGAUGUUCUCUUCCUUUGCUUUGCUAUUGAUACGAAAUACAAUGAUGGAAGUCCUGGGAGGGAAUACUAUAUGGAUAAAGCACUCAUGGAAUUUGUGGAAAGCAGCAGAAAAGCAAUGGGCAGAGAUAAGGAAAGGCCAGACUCUUCAGAGCUACGGCCGAUGGCCAGAGGAGCAAGUUCAGCUUGACAAAAACACUCCAUGGACCAUUUAUACAUUCCAAUUUUGUUUUCCUACUUCUAAUUUUCUUUUUCCUUUUUUUUUUUUUUUUUUUUUGUUUGUUUGUUUAACAAAUGUGUAAAGUGUUUACUAUGCGUUCACUUCCAGGGAUUACAAUAUGUUAACUAUGGACAAACAGACUAAAAUAAUGUAGCACUUUAUAUUACAGCUGUGCAUAUUUCACUGCUGGUAAAUAUUUUUCUAGAAUUUAAAACAUACUGCAUGUAGUGAUGCCACCAAAUGCUUUAUUGAUGAGCUUGAAACUUUUGAAUUAUAACAAUCAUUUUGCAAAUUAUAACAUGUAAUUUAACAUAUCAUAGCCAUUGCUGUUUUUCCUUCCAAUGAAUGCCAAAAGAUAAAGAAGCAAUCUUUUUCCUUUACCACAUAUUAUUGCAGUCAUUUUUGUAUAAAGGUUUUUGUAAAUGAAGGAGACUUUCAGUAACAUCCAUGAUCAUAUUCCAUUUCCGAUUGAAUAAUUUGGUAACUAUAAAUUCUACAGUAUGUUUUUUUCAGAUGUGCUCUGUACAUGUCUUUAAACCCUGAAGAAUAUUUGUGUCAUUCACUUCCAAGAACAUUAUUUUAUUGGCAGUAAUAUUAUGGGACAUCUGAUGUUUGAGGACAAGUUAAUAUUUAUGGAUUACCCUUCAAUAGGCAACAGUCUGUCCUGUGACAAAAAAAAAUACUUAAAGGAUUUGUUAUGGAAUAAGCAAUAACAAGGUUUCUAAAUAUGUUAUUUUCUAAGUAAGGCAUAAUGUAUUCAAUAUACUGUAACAUGUCCUGAACAGCGGAAGAAAUAUGUUUUGAAACAGCAUAAAGAACAACUUUCAUACUGUAACAAUAUAAACAGUUUCAUUAGAAUUGUGCUUUUCAGAUAAGCCAGAUAAUUUUAUUGAAUAAAAAUUUUGUUUAUUAGUGUUUUAAGAAUUAGAAGUAAACAUUUGUGCUUGAUACAGUUGUGAAAAUAUAUAUGUAUAUAUGUGAGGCAGGUGCUCUACCACAAAAUACUCUUUAUUUUAUGUAGUGCUUUGUUUAUGUUUAAGCCAGAAUCAAGCGGUGUUUUAUAUUCUACAAAAACUAUUCCAAUUGUAAAAAUAAAGUCAAAAGUUAGAAAGGAACUGAUACCUAAAGCCACCUUAUCUUAAAGGUAUAUCUCACCAUUUAACAGAACAAUGGGUAAAAUCACUUAAACUCAAAAAAUCUGUUCAUACGCCUAGGCUACAUUUUUCUUGAUGUACAAACCACCUUCAUAUUUUCAUAGCAGGUUAGUAACUGAUGAAACAGAAACGUUCUUUUAAAAAAAAAAAAAA